AUGGCCGAAAUCGAAGAACUUGCCCAUGCUAUUGCGGGCGCUGGUGGAGGUGCGUUAUCUAUGAUAGUAACGUACCCAUUGGUGACAUUAUCAACGUUAGCUCAAACUACGCAAAAAAAAAAGGAAGAAAAGCAAGUGGAAGAGAAAGAAGUCGAGGCUAAGGAAUACCACUACAGAAUUGUAAAUAAGAUAGUGAAGUCUUCGUCGUACCAAGCAGCUCAGGAGAUCAUUAGGAAAAAUGGAGUUUUAGGGCUCUACUCGGGAUUGGAGAGUGCGUUAUAUGGUAUAACGUUAACGAAUUUCAUCUAUUACUACUUUUACGAGUUGACGUCGAAUGUGUUUUUGAGGGCCAAUGUAGGCAAGAGAAAGGGAGGAGGGUUAUCGACGGUGCAGUCAAUCAUCACGGGUGCUAUCGCCGGGGCUGUGACUUGUGUUGGGUCGAAUCCGUUCUGGGUGGCUAACACCAGAAUGAUGACCGACAAGAACAGGGGCUCGGAUGGAGAAAAGCAGGCCACCCAAUCCACUUUCAAGACAUUCCUCAACAUCAUUGAGAACGAUGGUGUGGGCACCUUGUUCGCAGGUGUGUUACCAGCGUUGGUGUUGGUGAUCAACCCGAUUAUCCAGUACACCAUUUUCGAGCAGAUCAAGAACGUAAUAAUUGCCAAGAACGGUAAGAAGUCUUUCACUGCCGUCAAUGCCUUUUUCAUAGGUGCGUUAGGUAAACUUAUUGCCACAUCGUUGACGUAUCCAUACAUUACAUUGAAGUCGAGAAUGCACGUCAAGAAGAAGAAAUUAUCGAAGGAGGUUUCUGAUGAGGAAGACAUAAAGUUGUCGAUGAUCCAAGAAAUCAAAAAGAUUAUUAAGGAUGAAGGUCUCGAAGGCUUGUACGGCGGUUUGACUGUAAAAUUAAUUCAGUCAAUCAGUACAGCCGCAUUUUUAUUCUACUUUAAGGAAGAAUUGUUGACUGGUUCUGUCAAAUUAGUCCAAAUAUUCAGGUUGUUAAAGAUGAAGAAAAAUACUGGUAAAUAG